UUUAUUUCGCUGUGGCAUAUUCAAAUGAGGAAAAAGACUAAAAAUGGAGGGGGCGGCAUACCAAUUAGUGUAUUAUUUGUAAUUACGAAGUAUUUGGCCAAGUUGUUGAUGAUUACUGAGAUGGAAUAUAACCGUUGCCUAUUAAUGUCCCCUUAUUCAAUUUUUCUCAACGCACUCGACAGAAUAACUGCUCAUACAUAUGUGCCAACAACUCAAGAUAUUUUAAUGCUUAGAAUUACUACUACUGGCAUUAUUGAGGUAAAGUUCGAGAUCAAAGGUGUCAAUUUUCGCGUUUUUGAUGUUGGCGGGCAAAGAAGUGAAAGGAAAAAAUGGAUUCAUUGUUUUGACGACGUUCACGCCAUAAUAUUCGUAGUUGCAUUAAGUGAAUAUGACCAAGUGCUGUUUGAGGAUACAAGAACGGUUUGGAUUUUAUUAAAAGCAUCUGUGAUGGCUCUACACUAG